AUGCAAAAGCCCAUUCCUCCACCCAAUUCACAAUCAACAUCAUCAACCGGUGGGGCGGAGAAGAGGAAGAAGGAAAAACGUCAGAGAGUAUAUGUUGUUGCCAAUACUGAAGAUAUAGACAAAGAAUUUGAUGAAACAGCGAGGGAGGUGAAAAAGACAACCACCUAUGCUAGAAUGGUGAAGAAGCCACAAUUCGGUGGAGUUAAACAAACAAAAAAGUCUAGAAUAGAACCUGAAUCAUCAGGAAAAGCCAAAGAAAGCAAGAAGCAGAAAUCUAAAAUAAAUGCAGCUCUAAAAUCCGGUAAGAUUGAAGGCACAUUUGAAAUAGUGCCCCCAUUGACUUUGAAGGAGUUAAUUGAUGAAAUUCUUAAGGAUGGGAAUCUAAAAAACGUGUCUACAUAUUAUGAAAUUUUUGAUGAUAAAGAUCAGAGGGUAGUUGAAGAAGCAAUUGGUGAAUAUAUGGAUGCUUAUAGUAAGGCAUUGAUAGAACUUGCAUCUAUGUUUCCUAAAAGCCUGUAUGACAUUUUGGAUGUGAGAAGGCAUACAACUAGUGAAGAGGAUGAGAAAAUAAAUGAAUAUGUGUUAAUGAAUCUAUCUUUUUUCAUCUCCCAAGAUGAAGUUAUCAGAUUAUUAAAUCUUGCCAAGGAUAUAUUCCAAAGCAAAAAGAGGGUGAAUAAGCUCAUUCUAGGGAAGAUAGAUGAGGUGACAAAGGAAUCUGAAACAAUUUUGAGACAUUUUUUGAUAGAUCAAAAAGUUGAUGUAAAUCCGGAAGAACCAUCUCAUGACACAUCAGUUCCAGAAGUUCACGUCAUUGUCCCUAAACAAAAGGUUCAAUCACCUGAGAAAUCCAUUCUGAAAGAAGUUGUGUCAGAGAAAGCAACUGUGGAGACAGAGAAUGUUGAAAAGGAUAAGGAGGAUGGUGAGAAAGGUGGAAAGGAUGAGAGUGCAAAGGUUGUUGAUAAGGAGAAAGGAGAGGAGAAGGCAGAUUAG